CUGGAUUGCUAUAAUAGUAUCAAACACUGGCAAUAUUAAUUACUUUGCCUUCCAUUUUGGGUAGACAUGGAAAUGUAUAAUUCCAGACACACAACUUCCUAUAUAAAGCCCCACCAUUGCCUACCCAAACAGUUUUGCUCUGCUUUCAAACCCACACUGCUCCAUCACCCUCCAAGCUAGCUAGUCAUGGCGAAACGUUUCAGGCUCCGGAUAUGCAGGGUUAUUCCCUCCUUCCAAUCCUGCCGUUCAAAAGACCCCGCUUCUCUCCCUGCCAAUCCCGUCCCUUCAUUUCUCCGACCAUCCCCAUCACUCAACCACCACCUCACCACCCCACCAUCCAAAUCCCAUCACUCCUCCUCCAUCAAACGCCACGUGUCCUCCGCAUUCGGCUGCGGCUUCGGAACAAAACCAACCCUUUCCGACGACGACGACCACAGCGGAUCAUUGCCGCCGGAGCUGUUCGAGUGGGAAAGAGAGGACAAGUGGCACGUGGUCGCCAUGGUCAAUGAAGACAAAACCCCCCGUCGCAAAAUCUACACUUCCUCGGCCUCCGCUGACUCCGACCGCGACGACGCCGUUUCGCUUUCUUUCUCUCCUCCUCCACCUCCGCCUCCUUCCUCGGCGGAGAAGAAGAAAAAACAAAGACUGAGGAAAAAGAAAACAACGACGAGUCGUAUGAUCCGCUUCAGCACCUCCUCCGCCGAGAGCGGACUCUUCAGCGACGAAGAUGAAGAAAACGAAACCCUAGUCUCCUUUUCCACCGACUCCUCCGCCGAUAUAUUCACGCGCCACCUGGCAACGAUCCGCGAGACGACCCCUAGGCGGAGGAAGAAGACGAAGAGUAAAGCUAAACGCAGCGUUUCAAGGAAGAGUGUUGAGUUUGAGUCCCCUAGGCUGUCGGUGUUUCAGAGGCUUAUACCGUGCAGUGUCGACGGGAAGGUUAGGGAGAGUUUCGCGGUGGUGAAGAAGUCGGAGGAUCCGUACGAGGACUUCAAGAGGUCGAUGAUGGAGAUGAUAUUGGAGAAGCAGAUGUUUCAUGAGAAAGAACUGGAGCAGUUGCUGCACUGCUUCUUGUCUUUGAAUGCGAGGGAGCACCAUAGGGUCAUUGUGCAGGCUUUCUCUGAGAUUUGGGAGGGUUUGUUCUGUGGUAGUGCAAGGUCGUCAGGAGCUAGAGUUUCUAGAGCUCUUUAGUUGAGCUCUAUGUGUUUGCAGUGGAGAUUAGUCCGUGUAAUAAUUAAUUACAUGUAUGGCAGGGUUAAUGUGAAGAUUAUUAACGUGUUAAUUUAUCUAGAGACUUGAUCUUGGUCAUG